AUGGAAGCCGUUAAUUUCUCGCUCAACUUUACCCUUGUUGAAUUAAAAAGGGUCAACAUGCCAGCUGUCGUUGCCAACGCCAUGUCCACAUUUAGGGAAGGCAACGAGGAAUCACAACCUCGCAACUCUCAACCACUUGAAUAUUCAGGGAGCUUGGACUCAUAUUCCCAUAACGACCUAACUCCUGCUAUUGGCACAGAAUACAAAGGACUACAAGUCGCAGAUAUUCUAGAAUUGGAGCAAUGUGACCAGCUGAUUAAUGACCUUGCCGUGACCAUAUCGAGACGAGGGGUGGUCUUCCUGCGCGACCAAGAUUUGACGCCACAGCAGAUGCAGGCAUUCGGAGAGAAAUUGAGUGCGGUAGCAGGAUGUCCAGAAUCAUCGGGGAUUCACGUCCAUCCCUUGACUGAAGAUGGAAGUGAGCUGGGCGAUCAAAUCAGUGUCAUUAGCAGCGAGAAGCAGAAGAAGGGCGGUGGUCUCACCCACCAACUCAGUGACACAAGCCGAUUCGCCUCAGUGGGAUGGCAUUCCGAUAUUAGCUUUGAACCUGUGCCCUCUGACUACGCCAUGCUCAGGAUCCACACUCUCCCGGAGACGGGAGGAGACACAUUAUGGGCAUCGGGUUACGAAGUGUACGACCGUCUAUCGCCCGAGGUGGCAGGAUUCUUAGAGGGCUUGACGGCCACACACGAUGCUAAAUUCUUUCACGAUGAGGCACGGCGGUUGGGCAAUCCGUUGCGAAAGGGAAUCCGUGGCUCGCCUCUCAACCAGGGCGAAGAGCUCGAGGCAGUACAUCCCGUCAUCAGAACUAACCCGGUGACUGGCUGGAAAUCUGUCUAUGUGAACAGAGGAUUUACUAAGCGUAUUAACGGUGUGACCAAGGACGAAUCGGAUUUAUUGCUGCAGUAUUUGUUCAACUUGGUGACUCAAAACCACGAUGCCCAGGUUCGUUUCAAGUGGAACCGGAAUGAUAUGGCAAUCUGGGACAACCGUUCUACCUGGCAUUGCGCCACGUACGACUACGUAGAGGCUCGGGCUGGUGACCGAGUGUGCAGUCUGGGAGAGGCACCUUAUUUGGAUCCUCAGUCGAAGUCCAGGAGACGUGACCUGGGAGAAAUUUGA